AUGAAGACCACUUGGAAGGAUAUUGCGCCUGUGCCCAGCAGCUCGGAAUUCUUGGAUAUCGUCCUCAGCCGGACUCAGCGCCAGCUGCCCACCCAAAUCCGGGCUGGGUUCAAGAUCAGCCGUAUUAGAGGUUUCUAUACUCGUAAGGUCAAAUACACCCAAGAGACCUUUUGCGAAAAGUUCCAAGCCAUUCUCGAUGGAUUCCCUCGAUUGCAAGAUAUUCAUCCCUUCCACAAGGAUUUGAUGAACACUCUUUACGAUGCCGAUCAUUUUCGUAUCGCGCUUGGACAAGUUAGCACGGCAAAGCACCUGAUCGAGACUGUCAGCCGUGACUACGUCCGUUUGAUUAAAUACGCACAGUCGCUCUUCCAAUGCAAGCAACUGAAGCGCGCCGCCCUCGGUCGCAUGGCGACCAUCUGCCGUCGCCUGAAAGACCCCCUUGUCUACCUUGAGCAGGUUCGUCAGCAUUUGGGCCGUCUCCCUUCCAUCGACCCCAACACCCGAACCCUCUUGAUUUGUGGAUACCCCAACGUCGGCAAGUCCAGCUUCUUGCGCAGCAUUACCCGUGCAGAUGUCGAUGUCCAGCCUUACGCUUUCACCACCAAGUCCCUGUUCGAGAUGAACACUAUCGAAAUGCAGUCCAUCACUGCCGUUGCUCACUUGCGUUCCGCUAUUCUGUACUUCAUGGAUCUGUCUGAGCAGUGUGGAUAUUCUGUCACCGACCAGAUCAAGCUUUUCCACAGCAUCAAGCCUCUCUUCGCCAACAAGAUUGUGUACCUCGUUGUUAACAAGAUCGAUGUCCGCCGCCCAGAGGACCUGGACCCCGAGCAGCAGCAGGCGAUCCAAGAAAUCCUCAAGUCGGGCGACGUGGAGAUGCUCCAGGUUUCUUGCACCACCACCGAGGGUGUGACCGCCGUCAAGAAUGCUGCCUGUGACAAGCUUCUUGCGGAGCGAGUGUCACAGAAACUCAAGUCGGGUACUGCGUCCGCGACCCCCGGUGGUCGUCUGGGCGAUGUCCUCGCUCGGAUCCACGUGGCCCAGCCCAUGGGCGGUGUGCGGGAGACUCAUAUCCCUGAGGCUGUUAAGAACCUGAAGAAAUACGACAAGAACGACCCCAACCGACGAGAGCUCGAGACCGACCGUGAGCAGGCUGAAGGCGGUGCCGGUGUCUACUCCUUCCCGAUGCAGCGUGACUACACGCUGGCCGAUCCGGAGUGGAAAUACGACAAGAUCCCCGAAGUCUGGAACGGCAAGAACAUCUACGACUUCGUGGACCCGGACAUCGAGACCAAGCUUGCUGCUCUGGAGGAAGAAGAGGAGAAGCUGGAGGCCGAUGGCUACUAUGACUCGGACGAGAGUGUGGAGGAUGCCGAGGAUGCCGACAUUCGCAUGAAGGCCGACCUCAUCCGGGAGAAGCGGGUGCUGCUCCGCAACGAGGCCAAGAUGCGCAAGUCCCUCAAGAACCGGGCACAAAUCCCCCGUAGCGCCAAGGCCAAGAAGCUGUCCGAGAUGCAGCGCGGCUUGGACUCGGCCGGGUACGAUGUGGAUGCUGCUGGCUCGCGGGCCCGCUCCCAGAGCCAGGCGAUCGCUCGCGCCAAGAGCCGUGCCCGCAGCCAGGCUGCUACUGAUCGUCGUAAUGAUGGUGUUGUGGACGAGACUAACCGUAGCAAGGCGGAGCGUCUCUUCAAGCUCGGCCAGAAGCAGAUGAACCGCAUGGCUCGUGCGGGCGAAGCUGAUCGUCACACCACCGCCGCGCUUCCCAAGCACUUGUUCUCCGGAAAGCGUGGUAUGGGCAAGACCCAGCGCCGUUAA